CCACGACUGACUGCGUGCUGCCCGCAUCGCACACUACGCUACAUACAAUACUAGUGCGCACUAGUAGUGGUGCCGCCAUGAACGUCCGUGUGCGAGUGCUUGACACGACCCAUGUCCGGCCGGAGCUGCCUGGGCACGCCGCCACUAUCAAGCUCUCGCCCUUCGACACCCUCUUCCUCGCGCUCCCCCCGAUCCAGCGGAUCUUCUUCUAUGACGAUGACGGCGCACCGAGCCUCCCGCCGUUCCCGGCCAUCGUCCGCUCGCUGCUGGCCUCCCUCGCCGCCACGCUCUCCGUCUUCGCGCCGCUCGCCGGCAGGCUCGCGGCCUCCCUUGAUGGAGAUCUCGUCGUCGACUGCUCCCUUGAUGCUCUUCAGCUCGGCGUCAAGUUCGUCCAGGCGGAGUACUCCGGCGACGCGGCCGACAUGCGCCGUCUCGCGCGUGACGCCGAGCACGACACCGAAGCGUUCGUGCAGCUCGUGCCGGAGCUCGAGGUGGCCAGGCUGCCAGCGCCCCUGCUCGCUGUCCAGGUCACGCGGCCGGUGCUGUCGGGGGGAGACGACCAGGGUGCGGGCGCCGUGGUGGUCAGGAUCUCGAUGCACCACGCGGUGGCCGAUGGGCAGUCGCUGUUUCAGUUCAUGCGCGCGUGGGCCGCCGCGUCGCGGGAGGGAUCGCCGGCAGUGGCGGGGCUCGUGCCGCCCCCGACGUUUGACCGGUCGGUGAUCAUGCGGCACCCCAAAGCAGAGGCUGCGACGCGGAACUUCGCUCGCCUCUGGGCGCCGGAUCUGCCCAUCGUGAACACGAUGCCGGAGCUGGACUGGACACGGCAGAGCCGGAGGACAUACCUGCUCGACGCCGGCCAAAUCCAGUCGCUGAAGCGGCGCAUCGUGCAGCAACGCCAAGCCGCCGGAGCGGACAACGACAACCAGCCGCCGCCGAGCACCUACGUGGCCGUAGCGUCGCUGCUGUGGACGUCCAUGGCGCGCGCCAAGCACCCGGACCAGGCAGUCAACGCCGGCGCCGCCGACGACGCAUACCUCCUGUUCCCCGCGGACUACCGCCGCCGCAUGCAGCCCCCUCUGGACCCGGGCUUCUUCGGCAACUGCGUCAAGCUCUGCUUCGCGCGCGCCACGGCGAGCAAGCUUGUGUGCCGCGACGACGACGACGGCGCGCUCGCGCACGCGGCGGGGGCGCUGCGGCGGGCGAUCCGCGAGCAGGUGGAGGAGAAGGACCCGCUGGGCGACGCCGACCGGUGGGCGGAGACCUACCAGGGGAUCCCGCCGGAGAGGCGCUCGCAGCAGGGGUCGUCGCACCGGUUCAUGGCGUACGAGGUGGACUUCGGAUGGGGGCAGCCGAGCCGGGCGGAGAUCGUGUCGAUGUUCAGUCCGGAGGUGGCGAUGCUCGUCGGCGCGGUGCAGGUGUCCGUGGCCCUUGGCCGGGAUCUCAUCGACGGCUUCGAGGCUUGCUUCAUGUCGCUGGUCUCACCAUGA